AUGAACGCCGGAAAGCAAGCUUCCUGGGCGGUGGCGACGGCGAUCGCGGCCGUGGAAGUGCUCAAAGACCAAGGCGUUGCUCGCUGGAAUUACCCUCUCCGUUUACUCCACAAAAAAGCCAUGGCUAACAUCCGUACCAUCAAUGUCCCGUCUCGUCCCUCCCCUCCUUCUUCAUCAUCUUCUUCUUCGGCUGAUUUCAUCAGAUCCAAACAGGCCAUGACCACAUCAUUUGAGAAAGCGAUGGAGCUUAGCUGCUUUGGUCCCACCACCGUUAGAUUUUAG